GCCAAAAACACAAAUUAAAGGGAGAUAAUUUCGUAAGGACAGAGGCUGUCUCCUCUUGAUUAUUCCUUCAGAUGUCCGCUAGGUGCCGCUGCCCAUGUCAGUUUCAUUUUCUCCAGGAGAGGGAAAGGCGGUUAUAUCGAUCCUGACUCGAUAACAUUACGAAGAUUUUAUCACCUUAGAGUAUGACAGCUGCUUAGCUGUAAAUAAGACCUGCAAUGGUGGAGAGAAAGUAUUACAUUGGUGUUGAUGUUGGCACUGGAAGUGCACGGGCAGCCAUAGUCAGAGAUGAUGGAUAUAUUGUUUCAGUGGCAACGGAGCCCAUCAGAAUAUGGAACCCCAAACCUAAUAUGUAUGAGCAGUCUUCAGACAAUAUUUGGAAUGCUGUCACAGUCUGUGUUAAAAAAUUACUGGCUGGAUCGGGGGUUGACAAGACAUCAGUGUUUGGCAUUGGAUUUGAUGCCACAUGUUCCCUGGUUGUAGUAGACAAAGAUUUUAAGCCUGUGCAAGUCAGUGACACUGGGGAUGAAGUACGUAAUAUUGUCAUGUGGAUGGACCACAGAGCUUCUGAUGAAGCUGACAGCAUCAGUCAUACUGGACACAAAGUCUUGGACCAGGUUGGAGGCACCAUGUCACCAGAAAUGGAACCUCCAAAGCUUAUGUGGCUCAAGAAGCACCUGAAAGAAUCUUGCUGGGAUAAUGCAGCCCACUUCUUCGAGUUGCCAGAUUUUCUGACAUGGAGGGCCACAGGGUCAUUGUCAAGAUCCCUGUGUUCUGUGGUGAGUAAAUGGGGAUAUCAGGCUGACGGUCAGGGCCUAAGCUCUUGGAGUGAAAGCUUUUUACAAAAAAUUGGUCUGGAGGAUUUGGCUGAUAAUAACUACAGCAGGAUAGGAAAUGAUAUCAAACCUCCAGGAUCUCCCUGUGGAGAGGGGUUGUCUGCAAAAGCAGCAGCAGAACUGGGCCUAAUGGAAAAGACACCCGUUGGUACUUCCAUCAUUGAUGCUCAUGCAGGAGGACUGGGUUGCUUAAGCUGUAACAUAGACAGCCCUGGAUUCCCAGAGUUUCCAUUAUCCAAUAGACUGGCACUCAUAUGUGGGACAUCCUCAUGUCACAUGACACUGUCAGAAGAGCCAAGAUAUGUGGCAGGAGUUUGGGGACCACAUUAUUCCGCCAUGAUCCCAGGCAUGUGGUUAAUUGAGGGAGGACAGAGUGCAACUGGUAAAUUGCUGGAUCACAUUGUUGAAACCCAUGCUGCUUAUGCGGAUGUGGAAACAACCGCUGCAACAAAAGGUGUGUCUGUGUAUGCAGUUCUAAAUGACAUCCUCAAAGAUAUGGCCAGUAAGAAGAGAAUCCCUUCUGUUUCACACUUAACAAAAAACUUUCAUCUGUGGCCUGAUUUCCAUGGUAACCGAGCUCCAUUAGCAGAUCCCAGUUUGACAGGCAUGAUUUCUGGGCUUACCUUAUCUGCCAGCAGUGAAGACUUGGCAAUCUUGUAUUUAGCUACAGUCCAGGCAUUAUGUUAUGGAACACGGCAUAUCCUGGAGGAAAUGAAGAUCAAAGGACAGGUGAUAAAUGUAAUUUACCUGUGUGGAGGUCUGAGAAAGAACCCUCUCUUUGUGUCCAUGAAUGCAGAUGUUACAGGGAUGCCAGUAGUUCUGCCUGAAGAGAAAGAGUCAGUGUUGUUAGGGGCUGCCAUGUUGGGGGCCUGUGCUUCAGCCAGUCACUAUUCUGUACAGUCUGCUAUGAAGGCCAUGGGUGGGAGGGGACAGGUCAUGACUCCUAACCUUGAUGACCUCAGCUUUCAUGACAAGAAGUACAAAGUGUUUCGGCAAAUGGUGGAAGACCAGCAACAAUACCGUGCCUUCAUGAGUGAUUAAGUGUUAGUCCCGUGUGAUGCAUUACCCACUAAUUCACUAGUCACAUGUGCAAGGUUGUUAUAUGAUAUAAGCACUAUAGCCACACGAGAGAUGCCGUCAAUAUUAUGUGAUGAACAUUUGUAUGUGUAUGCCUAUAAUACAUUGUGAACUUAUAAUCAGGUCAACUGAUCCAAUUACUCAGUAAUUAAUCAGAAGUAAGUAUAUAUAAGAUCCCAGGUGUUACUUUCUCUUAUUGUCUUCAAUGUGCAGUGCCUGCUUCUUUGUAUAAAUGUGUAAAACUUGAUCACCUACAUCAGUAAAGUGCCAGGGGCCACUUUCAUAAAACUUCAUAACUUUUUUUUCACUUUUCUUGUAAAUGACAUGGCCAUAUGGCAGUAUAAGCUAGACAUCCUUCACAAAAAAAGCUACGAGAAAUAGGACUUAAAAUGUUUGGUGAAAGAUCCUCCCAGAAGGCUAAUUAAGGUAUUGAUAAUAGUAAAUCAUGGAGUCCGACAGAUUUACAAUGUGUCGUGUAUGUGUACAUUAUAGACCUGCCAAAGUAUUAUGGAAGCUACAUUGAUGUUUGGAUGCAUGAAACUUACUGCCAUGAGCUACAUGAAAGUGCAUCAAAAAGUGCAUCAUUUGGUGACUUGGCUUAAAAGGUAUGGGAGUUAUUACUUGUAAUCAUUGACAACCAGUAUUUUGCAAUGUUGUGAUACAGUCAUCAUUGGACAUUUACUAACUUCAUUGUCUACUUUAUUUAUAAUCAGGUCAGUAUAUGAGUGGCAGAUUUACUGGUAAACUGGAAUUGCAGUUGCUGUAAGUUAUUCAGUAACUUCUUUUACCUUUAAAAAUUUUUAUGUGGUAUUAUCACAGGUUAGUCGCAAAUUUGAAAUCCAGUAUUUGUUAUGCUUUAUUGUGGAUUUCACUCUCAUGAAGAUGUAGGACAAAGCUGCAUAUAGUUGAGUGUGUAUUAUUUUCUUGUUGAAAAAGUAAUGGCUGCAAAACAAUACAGGUCGAACCUUCAGUUUCAUCUGCUCAUCUUUGAUCACAAAAAAUUGAGAACUUUUUCAUACACAGAUGCAUGAUUCAGGCAUUUAUUUAUGUUACUGAGAAACGGUGCUUAAUUUUUUCAUGAAGGCUACACAUUUUGUGUCAAGAUACCAGUAUUUGUUCAGAUCCUUUAUCAAGAUUAAAUAUGCGGUUAUAGCGAUUACAUACAACUCCUAUCAUGGCAUUUACCGGUACACGCUACAUUUAAACUGCAUAUGAAAAUAAAUCUUCAAAUUAGAAAGCCUCUGAAUGAAAAUAAUUUUAGUCUACCAUACAAGGGUUUAAUUCAUGAUGUGUAUUUUUGAGGUACACAUACUUUUAGCAAAAUGUCAUGGUUGGCAUUGUCAUUUCCAGUGUCACUACCACUUUGCCUGCCUGAAGUUUAAUAUGAGAGCUGCAGGCGGUCUUAGUAUCAGCAUGUAUGGUGUUUCCCUUCAGGAAUUUCAUGUCCUGAGAAACAAGGACAAGGGUAUAUAUAACACCUUACCCUAUUUCUUCUAAUUUUGGGACACCUGGUCUGUUCUUUUUAGCCAAUAUAUAUGUAAUUCCAGCAGGAAUAUUGAGUUUCUUUUUUCUCACAUGGUUAGACCAUCUAAUGAACAACAUAAUCAUAUCUGUACUUUUCCAAAAGGCUGGGAAAGAAAUGUAAUACUCUGCUUUCAGCACUACUAACAUCCGUCCCAAAAAUUAGAAGAAUUAGGGUAAUUAUAAUUGAUAUUGAUUCCAAACGCUUUGUGGAAGAGGCCCUAGUAAAUAUCCAAUCCUCUAAAUCCUGAGUAACAAUUAAGAAUGAUUGAGACUGCCAGAUGUAAAUACUGGCUCUACUAUGUAUUAGCAAUCAUAUCUUUCAACUGAGAGACAGAAGCUCUAACCUCCCUGUCAAUGCCGUUUUAUUUGUUAAGUUUACUUUGGUUUAACUCUGUACUUCAGAAUAUUCCACUUUCAAGGGUUAUGGGUGAAGGAACGUAGGCCCUCUGCCAAAAAACAAUUGCCCAUUGCACGACACUUUCCAAAGUAGCAGAACCUUGGUUGGAGGAAGCUUCUGCCAUAGGCCAAGAACCACAUAGCAAUGAACAGAGCAAAUCUUUAACAAAAUGAUCCAUUCACCCACUAUGUUAACCUUUUCUAACGUCUCACUGCAACAGCACAAUGCUGGAAUUGACCUAUCGUUAAGAAAAGGAGGGAAUAGGAAAUACCACAGUGCCCCCAACAAGUUGGGGAAUCCUCAAACUUCCUGUGUAAC